CUUUGAAUGGACAGCGAGAGUCGGGCUGCACCGGUAACAUGAGAGUCUUGCCCUCGCUAGCGUGCGCCUUCCUGGCCCUGCUCUGUCUGCCGGAUCCCGGCCAUGGAGCAUCCUAUUUUGGAGACAGUUUCUGUAGGAUACAUGCCAUCCAAGACCUCUCCAACUUCCACCUCUCACUACAUUUUAAGACCGGAAAACGAAGUGGUCUUCUUCUUAUUGCUGCAGGUGUUGAGGAUUACCUCUCUAUAGAACUCUACAAUGGCAAAUUACAGGCAAGAAUGAAUAUGGGAGCUGGAGAGAUGGUCCUUUCAACAUCACAGGGUCUUCAGCUAAACAAUCUUUUGGACCACCGUGUAUCCAUCUCGCUGAAAGAAUCCAAAUUCACAAUGGCAGUUGAUGACCUGUUUACCACUGACACUGAUGUACCGGAAGGUGAAGAUGACCUUAACAUCGAUGUUGGUGUUUUCCUCGGAGGCAAAGACGACUUGGAUGUGUCAUAUCUCAACCACGCUGUCCCUCCAUUCCGAGGCUGCAUUACUGAUGUCAAGUUUGAGUCCCAUCAGUUUGAUAUACUUGCCUCAGAAACCACAGACUGUCAAGACACAAAAGAGAUCUGCAGUGAUGAGUUUGAAGCUGCCGAUGGGGAGGCUAUAAGCUUCAUCAGCCCUGACUCUUUCGUCUCCCUACCCACGUGGGUCAGGACUAGCAGUGCCAUUCACACUCUUGAACUGUUGAUGAAGACCACGAUUGAAGACGCUCUCUUGAUCUUUCAUCCCGGACGAGAGUCAGACUUCAUAGCUCUUGGAGUGGUGGGCGGGUAUUUGAAAGGGGUGGUGGACUUAGGCAAUGGCAUUCUGGCACUUGACAAUCUGAAGGUUCAGUUGGAUGACGAUCAGUGGCACAGAAUCAAGGUUACGGUUGACUCUGACAAGUUUGAAAUGAAUGUGGACAGUCAGUCUGUCUCUCUUACCAUUGGUGGGACAGAGACAUUGGACUUGAUUGGCAAUCUGUAUUUAGGAGGAAUUCCAGGCAAGAUGAAAGAUGUAUUUAGAGAGGCAAACUACCUGUCACGGAUGGAAGAAGAAGUCACGUCAGAAUCAUUCAUUGGAUGUAUGGGAGAAAUUAAAGUGAAUGAAAAAGACAAAAGCCUUCAAGAUGCAUUGGUCACUAAAGAUGUGCAUGUCAAGUGUGAGGGGGAGGACUAUGAUUACUCAAGUUAUGAUGAGUUUGAGACACCCACAACCACUGCCCCAGUACGAAUUCGAUAUGUUGAUGUAAUUCCUGAGGAUAGACAUUGUUACCCAACUAAUGACAUGCCAGAAGUCUUCCAAAAUGUCACAAAGCUUCUUGAUGUCACAGCUUUACUUGUCCCUGAAGGAGGUGAAGCCUACCUAGACAUUAACAAUCUACACCCAACCUUUGACAUAGCUGCAGCUGGCAUUCGGCAAUCUCAGAUUAUUUUCACUCUUCAAAAUGAUCCAUGGUACGGAUUAGUGGAUAUGAACAUCAAUAGCAGACGGACAAAAAAAUUUACUCUCCUGGAUGUGGCCAGUAAGAAGAUUAAGUAUCUUCAUGACGGAAAUGAGAAGUACGGUGACCAGAUUCAGCUGGAAGUGGUAGCCCAUAGCAGUGGCUACCUUCCAGACUGCCUAAAAACCGCUUGGCAGUAUGUCCUUCCAGUGGAAAUCCUCCCCGUCAAUGACAUGCCCCAGCUGAGUGGUGGAGACAUCGCUAUCACUGAAAACGGACGCACCCGAUUGAGCCCCAACCUCAUAAAGAUUGUUGAUUCAGAUACUCGUUGUGAUGACUUGGUUGUUCGUGUGAUGUCCGAGUCAAAUACACCAGAGGGAUAUCUAGAGAACGUCCAGCACCCUGGAGAGAGCAUCAGUCAGUUUACCUGUCGACAGCUAAAGGAUGGACUCAUUUCUUAUGUACAUAAAGGAGGGAGUGGGGCAGGACUGAAAUUAAUGGUAUCAGAUGGUCAGUCUUCUAGUGAACCCACCACAUUUAAGCUAUCUGUGACACAACCACAAAUCAAACUUGUGACCAACACAGGCCUUCUUAUAUCCCAAGGUGGUCAUUCUACCAUUGGUAUACAACAAUUGGCUGUUUUUGUCACUCCCAGGAAUGGAGAUGUUUUAUACAAUAUCACUCAGCCACUGAGAUAUGGUGAGCUGCAGUUAACCACAGCUGGUGAUGUGCCAAGGAAGGUGACAUAUUUCCGACAGUCAGAUUUGGAACAAAACCGUUUAAGGUACGUCAGCACAGACACAAGUGAUCAGGAGGACACAGUGGCUGAGUAUGUUCAAUUUAAUGUCCAUCUUGGACAACAGUCACUGACAGACAACAGCUUUCUAAUCAAGAUCACACCUGCUAAAGUGAAGGUGGAAAACAUGGCUCCACUGGAGGUUGAGGCAGGGCAGCAGAGAGUUAUUUCACAAGCAGAACUUCAGGCAACAGUGACAGGAACAUCCUUGGAACCAGAUUCAAUACAAUAUAUUCUUGUGAAGCCUCCAAUCCUGGGGACUCUACAGUCACAAGGCAGAGAACUUGGGGAGGGUGAUACAUUUACUCAGCAAGAACUGUCAAGUGCUCACAUAAGCUACAGCCCCAAAGUCCAAAGAGUGGUCGAUGCGCAGGACCAAUUUCAGUUUAAAGUGUUAGCAGACAAUCAGUAUUCUCCCAUGUACACAUUCCCAAUUAAAAUUCUGGCCGACUCGAACACUCCAGUUUUAACUAAUGAGCGGCUUACCAUCCUUGAGGGAGGGGAAAACAUCUUAAAUAAAGAAUAUCUCUGGAUUGAGACACCGAACUCACCAGACUAUGUGUACAAAAUUUUGCAAAGCCCACAGCAUGGUUACAUCUUUCGAGAGUCUCCCCCAGAUCAGCCAAGGUUUGAAGGCGCAGUGACAGUGUUCAGUAAUGAAGACCUGCUCCUCAACAGGCUCAUUUACAAACAUGAUGGAUCAGAAACAGGAGAUGAUUACUUCACCUUCCAGGCAUACGAGCAGACAGAGGGCAGUGUGAGCACUGACAGAGUGGAGUCUUUGGGUGGUACUUUUAGAAUAUCAAUCCAGUCGAAAAAUGAUCAUGUGCCACAACGCGUCAUUGACAAGACCUUCAAUGUGGUGCGGAACGGACAGAGGUUGUUGACCACAGAUGACAUCCUGUUUGGCGACAGCGAUUCGGACUUCAACGAUACUCAGCUGGUGUACGCACGUGUGGGAAUUUUGUCCGGCAACAUAGUCUCUGCUGCAGAUCCCUCCCAGGCCCUGUACCGUUUCACUCAAGCUGACCUGAGGGACCACAAAGUCCUCUUUGUUCAUCACGGGGCAGACCAUGAGAGGUUCCAACUUCGGAUAUCUGACGGUUUGCACAAGACGACAGCCUUGCUUGAAAUUCAAGCUGGGGAUCCGUACCUUCAGGUGGUGAACAACAGCAUCGCAGUCAUGGAUCACGGCAGUACAAAAACACUUAACACUACUUUGCUUAGUGCCGACACUAAUGUGGACAUCCAAGAUGGCAGUGAAAUCAUAUACGAGGUGACAGUGCCACCAAGUGAUGGGAGGAUCAUCGUCAGUGGAAUUGAGGCCUCGCAAUUCACACAAAAGGAUCUGAAGAAGGGUGUGGUGUCAUAUGAACACCAUGACUACAGUCUAAAGUCAAAAGACUCUUUUAGCUUCACAGUUAGAUGUAAAGAACAUUCCGAAGAUGGAGUAUUCAGGAUCAAAAUAUUCAAACAAGGCUACUUGUCUGAACCAAAAGUGAUCAAUAAUCAGAGGAUCGUCUCAUAUGAGGGAGAACAUACAGUAAUAGACCAAGAUCAUUUGAAGGUAGAACAACCUGACAUCCUGCCAACUGAAAUGGUGUUCACCAUUAAACAAUACCCACAACUGGGACACGUAGUGAAGAUGAACAAGGACUCAGAGAGCACAGCAUCCCCAGUGCUGGAUUACAUCCAAGCCUUCACCCAGGAGGACCUUAAUAAGGGUCACAUCCUCUACGUGUCCACCCCAGUUCAGGGGACUGAUGUCUUCAGCGUUGAUGUCAGCAAUGGCUUCACCUCAGUGGAGGACUUGGAGGUGCACGUCAACAUCGUCCCACGGCUCAUCCCAGUUCAAACCUUCAACUUCACUGUAAGGGAAGGUGGGGCUGUUGCACUGUCCCAGGAGCUGCUGAACAUAUCGCAUGCCUUCUACCGGAUGAACAAUAUUGACUUCAUAGUGGAGGAACCUCCUGAGCACGGAGACAUUCGUUACCUGGAGGGGGAUGAUUUUGAGCUGUCCUCCUUUACUUGGGAUGAGGUGAAGAGGAAGGUUGUCUACUACCUGCAUGACAGCACAGAGACCACAGAAGACAGCUUUACUCUCACUGCAUCUGACUUUGAGAACACCAGAAGAAGCUUCCCCAUCACUUUUGGUGUCACCAUUAUCCCUGUAAAUGAUGAACCACCACGUCUUGAGCGCAAUACUGGAAUAGAGGUUGUUGUUGGCGAAGAGGCUGUUAUCACCAACAGAGAGCUGAAUACCCAGGAUGUGGACACGCCAAAAGAUGAAUUGAUUUAUUCUGUUGAAGCACUCACUAAUGGGAUGGUGGCUCUGAAAAUAACCCCUGAUGAAAGCAUUGACAACUUCACUCAGGCACAAAUCGACAACGGCGAGAUCAUUUUCAUUCAUGAAGGCUCUGAGUCCGGAAGCUUCAAGUUUACCGUGACGGAUGGAGAACACACAUCGCCACUUUAUCACUUUGAGGUCACCGCCAAGCAACCAACCAUCACCGUGGAAACAGGAGAGGAACUCAUGGUGUUCCCAGGGACAAAACAGGCAAUCAGCAGUGGCAUGUUGAAGGCUGUCACUGAUGAGGAUGGAGAUGAAAUCAGGUACUCACUGCAGAAAUCACCUCGGCGAGGAAGACUCAUCAGGCAAAUCCAGAGAAACCAGUUCGAAGAGAUAACAACCUUCUCACAAGCAGAGCUGGAAGCUGGAAACAUCUACUAUGAACACCAGAUGCCCGAGGAACCCUUCUGGGUCGUACGUGACUCGCUGCAGCUGCAGUUGUCAUCACCCUCGCUCUCGAGCGUCCUCCUACCCAUCACUGUGUCUUUCUCCGCCGCUGAUCACAAUGUUUCAUCUCAGCUCUGGAAGAAUAAAGGUUUAGAUGUAGUCCAAGGCCAGAGUAGGGUCAUAGACAGAUCCCGAUUGGAUGCCUCCAACCUGCUGGCCAGCCUUCCCGAGUCCGAGCACGACACCCAGGAUGUGUUGUACAAAGUGAAGGAGUUCCCCACUCAUGGCCGGCUCAAACUGGCCGGUGUGGACAUCACACAAGACACCCCGUACUUUCACCAGGAGGACGUGGACAGCGAUGCUCUAGAGUAUCAGCACGAUGACUCUGGCGCCCCCUCUGACAGCUUCUCCUUCCGUGCCUGGCUCAACCCCCACGGGAGGGGCCCCUCUAGCCCACAGCAGUCCGCUCUGGUUAUGGAGGAGAUCUUCCGCCUGAACGUCCGACCACGCGACUCCAGCCUCCCGGAGCUCGUCAGCCUGGACCUGCUGUUGGAGGUUCUACAGGGUUCCACUGAGGUCCUCUCCAAGCAGUACCUCAACACCAUCGAUGAGGACAGCACCCCUGAUGAGGUGCGCUUCAAGGUCCUGAAAAGCCCCGCCAACGGCCAGCUCAUCAACACAGACACCAACCAACAAAUCAAGGAGUUCACCCAGGAGGACAUUAAUGCUGAACGAGUGGCAUUUGUAAGUGACGGGAGCCUCUCACAAGGUUUUAUGGAGUUCACGGUCACAGAUGGAAAGCAUCACACCACACCAUACACGCUCCAUAUUGGCAUUCUGGCCCACACACUGGUGCUGACCAAGCCCCAGGAGAUCUAUGUGUUGCAGGGAGAUGAUCAAACCCCCAUCACUGACUCCAUGCUGAGGGCCAGUACUGGCGGGCCCAUUGAGGAGGAAGUCCUCUACAAAAUCACCAGCACACCUAAGUAUGCUGCCUUGAUGGUGGACAGGCAAACAACCCAUGCCUUCACUCAAAAGCAAAUCAGUGAGGGUCGGGUGAGUGUACGGUUUGUGACAUCUACGUCACCACGGGACAGCAUUCUCUUCCUGGCACGGAGCAGAGCUGCCAACGUUUCUUCUGUCCUGAAUAUCACAGUGAAACCACUGGCGAAGAUAGCAAAGGAUCCUCUUCUUCCCAGAGGCGCUACUGUCCUGGUUGAUGGGCAGCUGCUGGACGCCACUCCACUUGCCAACAAGGCAAAGACCCUCCCAACAUUUACGGUCAUCCAGAAGCCAAAGUCAGCACGGUUUGUCAGAAUGAAAGGAGAGGGGGAGGGCAAGCCUGUGGACACGUUCACUCAAAAGGAUUUGGACGACGGACUCGUUGCCCUGGAGAUCUUGAACAACACCGGCAAACAGGCAGAUGCUGAUGCGAAGGAUGAGGCCCGCUUGCUUCUUAAAGCUCAUGGGGUCCCGCCUGCUGAGUGUGUCCUGCUGUUCACUACUGCCCUCUACAGUCCCAAAGGUGUAUAUGGAGCAACAGUUGUAAAAACCCCAACAUUACCAGAAAAGAAUGGUGUAUCCCCAGGGCGGCGGGGAAACUGGCCUUAUGGGGCGGGUCAAACUACAGCCUCCCCAAAUCCAGGGUCACGCAAGACCCCAAUGGUGUCCCGGCGGGGCAACCUGUGGUCAAUCCUCAUACCAAUAUUGAUCAUCCUCCUGCUUCUGAUUCUAGCCGCUGUUCUGGCGUACUAUCUGGUGCGCAGGAACAAGACGGGAAAGCACAACGUCCAGACGGUUGCCACCAAGCCCAAAAACGGUGAAGUCAGUCAGGAGACAUUUAGGAAAACAGAUCCAGCCAAUAACAUUCCCAUGUCCAGCAUGGACGGAAAGGAGGCCGAUCCUGAAUUGCUGCAGCACUGCCGGACAACAAACCCUGCCCUGAAAAAAAAUCAGUACUGGGUAUGAGAGUUCACCAUGAAUAAACAAAUUGUACUGCUCAGUACACUCACUGUUGAGCCUGGCAUAGGGCUUGUUGAAUCUCCUCCACCAGCCAUUUGUAAUGACAUUUGCUAAAGCAGUUUGCCAGAUGAUAGAUCAUAUUUGCUCUUUAUCUGAAAACGAAAAAGGAAAAAUCUGCAGCUGUCUAUUCUCAGGUUGUUGGCAUGCUGCAGAAUUCCACAAGACUUAAAAGAAAGAAGGCAAAGUAAAGCUACAUGCAAGUUUUGUUUGAUUUUACUCUAUUUAUUGUAGGACAUGUCGGACAUAAACACAUGUUGUGUUUGAAACUCUCUUUAGGUUUGUUCCUACAAUGAACUAUCCAAAUGUGCUCUUUUAGUAUUAUCUUGUUUUAAAGCUCUACAAGCAUAUUUUAGUAUUAGUUCUAAAUUGCUAAAGUAUAUAUGUGUACAGAAAUCAAAUUCACAUUUAAUAUUUGAAUUAACUCCUAUAUAUAUGAAAUGGGCACGGUGCCAUUUUAGUGCUUUUUUGUUUUAUUUUUCUACAAAUGUACAAUAUUUGCUUUGUCUUGCGAUAUGACUUUUGUAUCCUUAGGCUAUGGGUGGUAGUAUUGCCAACACAACUGAAAUUCUCGCUUACAUUCACUGGACUGACUGAUGGCACUGAAGAAAUAUCUGCAGAGUAUGCGAUUGCAAAUCACAGACAGGAAGUCCUUCUCCAGUGGCGGCUGGUAAUCCAUCCCAAAGGGCUGGCAGGAAGUUGUGAGGUCAAUUUGAACUGGGCCCGAUUUUCCAGAGUAGUGGCGAUGAAGUAUUACUCGUUACUGCUUGCUUUGGGGAGAACAUUUUCCAUGAUAGAUCAGCUGCUGUAUAAUAUCCAUAUCUCUCCCAAUUUUAAACAUAAUGUUGCUCUUUCUGAUAUUUUCUUUUAGAAGUCUAGAUUAAUGAAUAACUGAAUAUUUAUGUUAGUGCUUAGCUUUAACCAAUAACCCAGUCUUUAGUGUUAACAUCUAAAUUGCCCUUUAAUCUGUCAUCUUUGCUAUAACCUGUGGAGACAUUAAAAAAAGCUUUGUUUAACCUAGCCGAAAACUUUUAAAAAGUGUAUGCACUCCUCAUAUGUCCUGGAAUUGAUACUGAUAGCCAUGUGGGGAUAACAAAUUGUGUGUGCUAAAAAUAUAAUCUCAUGAAUAUAUAUGUAAGCUACUGUAUAUAUACAUAUACCAUAAAGUUUCCUGAGUUGUUGUAACAGGUUUAUCAGUCAGAAUGCCAUUUAACACUAUGUGUAUGUCACUAAGAGUCAAUAUAGUUAAAUCAUUUGAAAUGAAAUAGCACCAGUAUAGCCUUAAUAAAAUGUCAGGGUUGGUCACCGGCCAAAAAUAAAAUAUCCCAGAGUCAGGGUUGGUCACCGGCCAAAAAUAAAAUAUCCCAGAGUCACACAUGUUGAAUAAGCAGCAUCUGUUUCAUGUAACUUUCAAAAACAGGUUUUGUUUCUAUCUUUUGAAAUGUGCGGAGUGACUUUGAUUUGGCACAGCUGACCGAAAUCAACAGAAUUACUUUCUUACUUUGUCCUCUCUUUUUUUAAUGAAACUGUUUAAUUCAGAUGUAAAAAAGAAAAGACAUUUUAAUGUUUUUGAUAUCUUCACAUUCCUUUGUUAUGCUUUAUUCUGAAAUGUAAUAUGUUCUAUGAGUACAGUGUACAAAACAUGAUGAAACGUAAAAGUAAAAUGAAUAACAUUUCCUGUGUUUCAAGGAAAUCUUCCCUAUCAUGUUAAGGUAGCAUAGUUGGCUUGUGCUAUUCACUGUACUGUUCUUAGGUAUUACAAUAAUGUUGGUAUUAUCAUUGUAAAUCAGAUGGAUUUAAAGAUGUCACUAUCCCCAUCUGAUUGUAAGACACAUAAACAUUCCCUUAUCGUCAGAUGCAUGCAUUUGCCAUUGAGAAUGUUUCCAUAUGAGUAUUUAUAUAUUUUUGACUAUUUUGGAUCAAACCAGACUGAGAUAUCUCAGGAAAUGUGUGUGUGUUUUAUCUGCGGUGCGUGAUAAUUCAACUACAUUAUUCAAAGGCUAAGAGAUAGCUCAGGAAAUCAAAAGUUUGUGUCUUUUGUGUGUACCAAUGGGAGUUGGAUUUUUUAUGUUUUAAAAUAAAUGGUUAUUGAUUUCUUGCAUUUGUCAAUAUGUUUGUGUUAACUGCAUCAGUAUGUGUGCUACAAACAAAAACCCUUUGAAUGAUCUGUAUCCUAAAGCAUACUCCUAAAAUUUAAUUUUUACUUUCAACUUUUUGAUCACAUGGGGGACAUUGCCAAUGACUUUUCAUCAACAGUUAUUUAUUUUUCUACCUUGUAUGGCAGUGAGGAAAAUGUGAUCUAUGUUGAAAUUGUAACCCACAAGCUGCCUUGAAAAUGUUUGUUACCCAAGCCUGGAAAAUAGACAAUAAAGUCCAAAUACUAAAUUCAGAAA